AUGUUCGAGCCCGAAGAGCCAGAGAGCUACAAUGAGAACAAGAUGUGGUAUGCGCAGUUAGUAGGUCCUGAGCUGUCAGAUUAUGGCCCUGGAAAAUGGCGAGCGGCGAUCCCAUCUUCCAGCGGUGUCGUGGUUUGUCCGCCCUGGAAUGCGAGCCACGUGCUGCUCAUCGAUCCACGAGAUUCCGCCCAGAUACAAGUGGAUCUCAUAGGUGAAGAUCUCGGGCCCAGCAAAGGCAAGUGGAGGUCUGGUGUUCUCGGUGUAGACGGCAACAUUUACUGUCCUCCAUGGUUUGCAUCACACGUGCUUCAAAUAGAUCCAAUUGAUGGCACCACAGCACUCAUCGGGCCGAAGUUUCCGGCGGAUGAGAUGGGAAAGGAAGGCGACAGCAUUGGGCUGGGAGAUGGAGAGUUGGACGAUGAGAAUUGGGGCAAAUGGAUGGACGGUGUCUUGGCGCCGGAUGGUUGUUUGUACUGCCAACCGUGGUGUUUCAAUCGCGUGCUGCGCAUCGACACUCGAAACGGGGCAGUAGAGCUCAUUGGCCCCGACUUGGGCUGGGCGCCGGACAAAUACCGAGCAGCAAUUGUCGCCACGGACGGGGCCAUUUACUGUCCACCGUUCAACGCCAAGCGCGUGCUCAGAAUCGACAUGGCCAGUGGAUCAGUCAGCUUCAUGGGUUCGCGCCUCAGAUGGAGUCCGCGAAUGCGGCCCUCACAGCUCAACAGGAGGCUUGAGGGCUUCGACAAGACCGCAGAGCCGCUGCUAAUUCAGGGCGCAUUGGGUGAUUUGACUUCCGCUUCCCGGUCCGAAUUUGCAGAGGCGUUCCGUGAGGAACGUGUGACGCUGACGAGGAGGCUGGAGUACCAGUCGCAAACGGGCCAGAAGGCGGAGGCAGAGGCCACGACCUUUGGCGCGUGGGCCGAAGAGCUGGCGUUAGAAGCGUCCGUUCCUUUCGUGUUCCAGUUCGCGGACCAGAACUUGCGGCAGCGGAUCGAGUCGGUCUAUGGGAUUCCGCGGCUCUUGCAGAACUCAUCGCAGAGAGUCUUCGUCAGUGCGGGCAAGGUGUCCAAGGGCAUUGCGCUGCACCAGCACGUCCGGACCUGGGUAUUGGUCUUGGCGGGCCGCAAAACUUGGUACGUGGCACCGCCGCAGCCAUUGGAAAUCCCAGCAUAUCGGCACGCCAGUGAGCAUGACUUGUUGGCAGCUGGACUGAAGCGCUGCACUCAAAAUCCCGGGGAGGUGGUGUUUUUGCCCAAAGGCUGGUGGCACUCCACGUUCCAACAGGAGAACUGGACGCUGGCCAUCGGAGGCCAAGGCCAGUCCAUAGGGACGAACGUGAUCCCGUCGGACCUGAGGUCCUUGUCGAAGAAGCAGUUCAGAGCUCUUAGAGAAGAAACCAUUUCUAAUGGGCACCGCAGCACCAUGGAGCUGCUGCUGAAGUCGAAAGGAGUCAACUCCAAGGGAUGGACCAUGGUGCAUGACGCCGUGGACCAGGGGCAGCUGCCCAUGCUGCAGCUGCUGAAGGAGAAGGGACUGGACAUGGAUGCAACUGAUGUGGAAGGCCCAGACUACGGCCAGAGGCGUGGGAAGUGGUGGACCGGCGGAAUGAGCUUGGUCAACACCAUUAUUUGUCCACCACAUUCUGCUGGUCAGGUGCUGCAGAUCGACCUCUUCCGCCAAGCCUGCGCGCUGGUCGGCCGAGAUUUCGGCGAAGAUGAGGCGAAGUACCGUGCUGUGGUGCAGAGUAACGAUGGCUGCUUCUACAGCCCACCUUGCAACGCCCCGCAGGUGCUUUGCAUUGACCCCGUCACGCCAGAUGCAGAUUUCAUAGGUCCCGAUUUCUGUGCAGGUGGAUUCAAGUGGGUCACAGCAGGCUUGGGAGAAGAUGGCUGCGUCUACAGUCCCCCAUGGCUGGCGCACAAGGCACUUCGCAUUGAUGUGCCUAAUCGCUGGGCAAGACAAAUAGGCAAGAAUCAGGGUUGGGGUGGAGGCAAAUGGGAAGUCAUGUGUGCUCAUGAGGACGGAUUCUUUUACUGCCCUCCUCUUUGCGCCACUGACACACUCUGUCUUGACUCAGUGCUGGCCACAACAGAGUUGCUGGCGCCCGAUCUCGGGAAGACUUCGAAGAAGUGGCGUUGUGCGGCCAGAUCCUGUCACGGAGACCUAUUUUGCCCUCCCUUCGGCCAUGAGCAGGUGCUGAGGCUCACCUUCAAGAGUUUGCAGUUGGAAAGCCGCGGGACCUCAAAGAAUGAGUCAAAAGACGCGCCGUCUUCCAGCAGGACCACCAAAGAUGUGCCUGCCAAUGAUCCACCAGAGACCAUUUGUGAAUGA